AUGGAAGAUCCAAAGGAGAAAAAGAAGAACAGAAAGCAUAAGAAAGAAAAGAAGGAGAAGAAAGAGAAGAAAGAGAAGAAACCUAGGAAGCCCAAAAAGAAAGAUUGUGAAGAAGACAAGCAACCACCCCCAGAUCCCCCUUCACCCCCCUCAAACCCAUACGAAACCGACAUAUGCCAGUACAUGUACUUCACAAACUUCGGUCGCUCACCCAGCACUCCAAAGCCAGACCCCCUCCCACUACCCAUUCCCAAAUAAACUCAGACACUUAAAACUGCUCUUCCCCCUGAAUGACUACUUGGCUUGAAAACUUGCCUCUAGAGAUAGGGAGAAAUUCUGGAUUACUGAGAAUUUUAGUAGAGGUGAACAGAAUCCGUUCGAUGUCUUUGUGGAACAGGAUAAGAGGGAUGAGGUUAUGAAGAUAUUGGAGAAGUUGAAAGCUAACAAAGCGUGCCCGUAUACUGUACAUAUGAAGUGGAAUAUUAGUCAUGUGUUGUUGGAAGAGAUAGUGCAGGAACAGCAGCAGGAUGAACUGAUUUGGGAGAAAUCAGAAGAUUCUGACCUAGUGCCUACUGCUUGUGCAGUACAGAUUGUGGAUAAGCCAGAUGAUAGUGAUGACAAAAUUGUCGAAAUUGUUGGACUUGAAAAAGCAAGCGUGAUAAGAAAAAAAGAGUAUCUUAGUGCCAAAGUAAAAUAUACUGUCAAGAAAUUUAAAAAGACAAAGAGCAAUGAGAUAGUGGUGCCUAUUAACGGCCUGCCAAAAUUUUAUGCUGAUAAUUUAGAAUUUUUAGGAGUCGAAGAAAUUGAUAUCGAUGAGAAAGACUCCAACUAUGUUAUCACUUUCGAAUGAACAGAAGAAGAAAAUGAUCAAAUCAGGAAGGAGUUCAACACACUCUACGAAACCAUCAUUGAUAGAGAUUUCAAAAUAAACAAAGAUUUCAUCAAAAUUGUUAAGAAAAUUUCUAAGAAAAGCUUUUUCCCCCUAUUCAAGAAAGCAGUUGUUACUUCUAAAAAGAAGAAAAAUACUGGAAUAUCCAAUAAAGAUUUCGAUAUGGUCAUCGCUAAGACUAAUGAGUCGAAAGGAAGCUUCACCCUUAGAGGCACUGAAGAAUCAAUCUCCAAAAUAAUCACAUAUCUGAAGGCAUUUUAUCAUGAACUAUUCCCUGAUUUUAUCAUAAAUGAUUUUAAUGAAGAACACGAAGAGGAACUCCCCUCCACUAAAUUUGUGAAAGAAGUGCCCUUUGCAGAAUUCAUAGAAUACAAAACUCCCUCAAGGAUAUUUAAAAGAAACAUCAUUAGACAAAUCAGUGAGUUCAACAAGACUGAAGGGAUCUACUGCAGACAUGAGUUCGAAAUUCCAAAAAUAUGGAUUUACAGCUACGAAGCAUCCCACUUUGAGAGUUGUGUGGAAGAAUUCAACGAAAUGAUCGAUGAGGAAUUUAGCACCUCUGUAAAUGAAUUCUUCUGGAAAAUCCAGAACAAAGAAAUACUUAAGUAUAUUAAAAAGGAAUACAAAAGUGAAGUUGAGAAAAUAAAACAGGAAGUAUCUGUCCAAAUAAAGUUUGAUUUUGAAUGUGAAGCUCCUCCUCAAGAUGCUACUGUAUUCAAAGUCAAAACUAAAGCAAAGUCUUUAUUUGAGGAAGAGGAUGAAUGGACUUUUAUAAAAGUCACAGUCGAGUCAAACAAAAAUACCUCAGAAAAUGAAUAUUUGGAUACCAUCAAAGAAUUCAUCAAAAAAUGCAACAAAAAGAUCAUAAACUUCGAUCUAUCCCCCUACGCUCACAUAAUCGGUUCUCUCACCAAGGACAAAACCAUCUCUAUAGACGCUACAACCUCUAAACUUUCACAAUCAUCUAAUAAGAAAUCAGAGAUGAACAUGCUGAAGAAGUUCAAGUUUGAACAAAUUGAUAGUUAUUGGAUCUAUGAGGAAAAUGAGAUUGGAACUAAGGAGAUUAAGAGCGAAGAGGCUAAUGAGUAUUUGUCAAAUACGUUUGAAGAAGUCACAGAAAAAUCAGAGCUCAUCAUUGAUAUUGAAAAGUUGAAGGAAAUUAUUAAAGAAAAGAAGAAGAGUAAAAAGAAAAAGGAUGAGCAACCAAAAGAAGAGAACGAAGAAGAGAACGAAGAAGAGAACGAAGAAGAGAACGAAGAAGAGAACAAAGAUGAGAAUAAAGAAGAAAAUAAGGAGGAGAGUAAAGAAGAAGCUCCAAUAAUGCAAUUCAAAGCAAAUGUGUAUUAUAGAAUCAAUGGUGAAGUGAUAGAUGAUCAUGAGCAUGAAUUCUUUGAAUACGCGAGCAAAAUAUUAUGCUUUGAAGAGAUAGUUGAAGAGGAAGAUUCUGAGCCAGAAUUCUACAUUUUCAGAUGUAUUCCAGAAUGCCAAGUUAUUGGAGAUAGAAUUAAAAUAAAGGGACUAAAGAAAAACUUAGAGAAUUUAAUGAGCCAAAGUAGAGACACUAAAAUUCCAAUAGAAGAAGAAGGAUUCUUUCAGCUUUCCAAGUCUGAACAGAAAGCAUUUCUAAAGAAAAUAUAUUAUGAAUAUGGGUGAGAGAUAGAGAUUGAGAUCGAAGGGAACAGUGAAGGAGAAGGUGAAGAAGAAGGAUAUGAGGAUGGUAUAGCUGUAAUUACUGCUAUUGGUUUUGACCCUUCACCCGUAUUGGAAUUAUAUUAUAAUAACAUUCAUAUCAAUCCUGAUAUUGAAGAGCAAAGAGCCCGUAAACUCUACCCAAAUUUCUGGGAAGAAACCAAGGAUGUUUACGAAUACCAAGAUGAAGGUUUCCAAUGGAAAGUUAAACCAAAUAAGAAUCAAGAGGAAUAUGAGGAAUUUGAAGCAAUGAUACUCUCAAUGUCUACUCUUGAAGGUUUUACCAUACAAUCUAUUAAAAGGUUUCAGAAUCACAAGAAGUAUAAAGCUUAUGCUGAUGAAUUGCAGAUAAUUAAGGAUAACCUGAAGAAAGAAAAGAAAGACUUAGAGCCGGAAAUGUACCUAUUUAACAUUUAUCGCUACCAAACGACAGAUGAUAUUCUCAAUGGUGAGGGGGAAGUUACCUUCGAGUAUAAGCUUAUCGCUGAUGAUGAUGAGGAAGGAAUGAGAAAUAAAGAAGUAAAUUAUUUAGGAAAACAAGCGAAUUAUUUUACAAACAGUUUAGAGUUAACUCAUAAUAUUGGUACUGAGAAAAAGAUCAAAGAUGGAAAAGUUACUGUUUACACAGUAAUUCUUGCACAUUGCAUUCUUGGAGAAACAUUUACAAUUGGGCAAAACGAUAGCAUUAAACACACGACGAUAAAUGGUGUAACAUACGAUUCUUUAAACACUGAAAUUGAUGGCAAACAAGUCUACAGUCUGUACACUAACCAAAAGGCGUACCCUGAGUACAUCAUUGAGUACACAAUAGAAGGAGAGUAAUUAUUUCAAUGAGAAAAGAACGCUUCAAGAGGAAUG